ACCGACCGGGUCCUUAUGCACCUGCGUCUGAUGAACGUUAGGUCCGCUCACUAAAUGAUUGGCUGCGGUUCCACUAUAGGCGGUACUUUGUCUUGGUUGCGAGAGCAUGAUUAGGCAACGCAUCUAGCCGUCAACACACAAGUGUACCUGCCUGACACUUCCUGCUGCUGUUGCUAUAACCUAUAUUGUUUCGGGUUUUUUUUCAGCUGGAUUUUCUGAAUAUCUCUGCCACAUUCGUAUGAGUAUAUCUGAUGUUUUGUACACGCUUUGCAUCUCCCCUGGUGAAAACGUUGCGACCUUGGCUUCAUGUUCGUCUUAAAGGAAUAACCAACCUGGGAUCGUAAAUCAUUGCAGGGACAGAACAGAGACUACAGCGAGUGUAGUAGUGCGUUCGCUCGGAUUGAUUUGUCUACGCUGAUACGUGGCCAGCAGCACCCGCAUCAUUAGGUAUGGACAACCACAUCCAUGUACGACCCUUGCCUUGGUCGUAUUUUUUUCGCGUUUCAUUACGGACAUAACUGAGGGCCAAUUGCGUUCAACGCGUUGUCAUAAGGUGCUUUACGUCGUGACGGGAGCUAUUGCAGGGUAGCUACGAGGUGAUAACGAGAGGGUGUGUGUGUAUGUGUGGUGUAUGUUUGGAGGUGAUAAAAAAAGCUAGUGUAUGCGGCAGUCGAUUGUGUGAUCGCAGACAAUAUGACUGAAACCUGCAUGUAGGACGAGUGUACAGGCUAUGUAGUGUGUGUAUAUUUUUGCGGCCUAAUGUUGGGUUGUCUUGCACUGUUACGUCCGUUUAGGGUUUUCCCUAUUCAUAAUUAGGCUAUUCGUUUAAGUCGUUAUCCUUCGCACACAUUCAUUUGGCUUAACCGUCAACGCUCAUAUGCCGUGCCGCUUUCGAGAUUUCUGUUUUCGAAUAAUCAUUUAGUCAGUGACUGUGUGAUAUGAGGGCCUGGAAAUAAUACACUGUUUAGUCUGUCAGCUGUCAUCAUGUUUAGUCUAGAUGUCGAUUAUAGACUAGGUCUACAUGACUGCAGUAAAUAUUCAGAAACGAGAUUAUGUAAACACUAGGUAUGGAAAAGGAGGUUAUUUCCACUGGCUGUGUAGUGUUGCUUUUGCUUUCUAUUUUGGUGUGUGUGUGUGUGUGUGUGUGUGUGUGUGUGUGUGUGUGUGUGAUCUUAAAUGGGUGCCCUUAGGGAUCUCUACACAAUAUUUCCUUUCAGAAUAGACUUCUCACAUCUUCUCUAAAACAUCUUAGGCUGGUAAUGUACAAUAUUUCUGAAUGAUGUGACAUAUCCACUAGCCUUAUCAUAGUGGGAAGGCUAAGUUUCUCUUUCUAAUUAAAGGUGUGUAACUAUCCAACAUUACAAUGGGUUUCGAUGUCUUUGAUGGUGACAUCUAGAUCAAAGCUGCUAAUUUCUGACUAGAUACCAGGCGAGGGAAUCCAGUGCCCAACAUGAUGAGACUCGCACAUUUGAGUAACAAUUGCAUAUAGAGCCCCUUACAAAAGAGGAUCGAUUGACCCCUAUUUGCAAAGAAUAGGCCUAUAUUCAGGGAGGGAAGGACUUUGUGACAUCACAAAUUGAGGUCCAUCUCCCAAAUGUAUGUUGAUAGUUGUGAUGUCCCAAAUUGAUAGAUAGUCAAUGUCAAUGCAAGCCAUUUGAAAAACACAGCUGAAGCCCUAUAACACAGCUAAAGGGCUUGCAUGUCAGAAUGCAUUAUGGUAUUUUUUGUGAACAAAUCGUUAAUAUACAGUAACAUACCAAAAUGAAUUCCUAUGCUCCUGCUGAAAAAAUGGUCCCGUUUUGCAAGCUCUAUGGACAGGGAUGAGUUUGACUAUCACAAGGAAAGGACUCUUCCUGGACCAAUGUAUGCCAUUUGGUGGAAACUUUAAAGGAUCAAUAACCUUUGAGUUCAAAGUAGUCCUUCUAACCCCUAAACCACUGUUUUUAGUUACUCACAGACAGACCACAUUUUCGGGGGAACUGCUGUGCAGAACGAGUAGAAGUUGUUUUUUUUAAAGCCCGAUUUUCCAGACCGAUCCACUGAAGAUUUGCUAUUUGAAUUGACAUUGAAUGAGCCACAAAAAAAACGAUUUGCUUCACGCUGGCUGAAAGGUCGCCUCGGUCCGAGCUUGUGGACCUUUGAAACGUGUGCGUCAUACAGGCUGCAGUAGGGUCGGCCAACGCUGAUCUCAGAAUCAUCUGUUUCUGAGGGGUGUUUUCAUCCAUUUUCUUCUUUUGAUUGAUAUUGCUAUAGUCAGGAAAUUAAGAUAUGGAUACCCAAUUUCAUAUUGGCCUACUGCCAAUUCAGUAUUUAAAUAUGUUUCAUUGUAGGGAAGAUCAGAAUAUUUAUUUUGUGUACCGACCGACUACAUUUGUUGUAUAGACACAUAUCAAAGUUAAAGCAGCCAUUUUGGAAGACCCUUAUGCCUCAGAAACACAUUUUCUAAAUAUGCAUUAUAUAUGAUGAUCAUGAUAAUAACAUGGCAGAACAGACUUCUCUUGUUGCAUCUCUUAAUGUAACAUGGCAUUGGAGAUGGGGCUGAAGAGAAUACACAUUGGUCAAAUGUAUGUUUCUCUAGACUUUCUUCGAAAGUGUCCAUUGUUCAGUGUAUCUAGAAUGUAAAGCUGGAGGAUGGAGGAGGAAAAAAAUUGCGAUAGCAACCCAGACUUAAAACAUCCACACCUGUGCAGAUGAUGAUAAAAUAUCAUGUCACACUGGGACUUGCAACACGCACGCUUAUUCUUUGAGCAAAUUUAAAGAUUUUUCUCCCUCCCUGCGUUUUCCACCAUUGCAUUAAGUGCCCUUUUGAUUGACAGGCGAGAUGGAUUCCUCUAACCAAUCAGGAGGAGACGCCCUGAGGCAUGGGUGGUUGGUCAUGUGUGCCGUCGAGCUAAGGGCCUCGGCUGCCCCCCCCAGUGAGCCUGGACGGUCCCUCUGUGAGCAUGUAUCGCAGGAACGGGCUCUCCGAUGGCACCAGCAUCAACUCGGUCACGUCAGAGGCCAGCAGCAGCUCUGAUUCGCUGGACGGCUCUUGCGUCGACUAUGCCAAGAGCUACGACGCGGUUGUGUUUGAUGUCUUGAAGGUGACGCCGGAGGAAUUUGCCAGCCAAAUCACCCUCAUGGAUGCUCCAGUAUUUAAAGCCAUACAGCCAGAGGAGCUGUCAAGCUGUGGUUGGAACAGGAAGGAGAAGCACAGUUUGGCCCCCAACGUGGUAGCUUUUACACGCAGGUUUAAUCAGGUAAGCUUCUGGCUGGUGAGGGAGCUUUUGACCGCCCGGACCCUGAGAAUCCGUGCAGAAAUCCUGGGUCAUUUUGUCAAAAUUGCCAAGAAACUUUUGGAGCUGAACAACCUCCACGCUCUGGUGUCUGUGGUGUCGGCCUUGCAGAGUGCCCCUAUCUUCAGACUGAGCAAAACCUGGGCGUUGAUCAGUCGGAAAGACAAGGCCACCUUUGACAAGCUCAACUACCUGACCUCAAAGGAGGAGAACUACACCUGCAUGAGGGAAUACAUCCGGUCCCUCAAGAUGGUGCCCUGUAUUCCUUACCUUGGCAUUUACCUGUUAGACAUGAUCUACAUCGACUCCGCCUACCCUGCCUCUGGAAGCAUCAUCGAGACAGAGCAGCGCACCAACCAGAUGAACAAUCUCUUGAGGGUCAUCUCGGACCUUCAGAUGUCAUGUAAAUAUGAUCACCUGGGGACGCUCCCACACAUCCACAAGUAUCUGAUGUCUGUCCGCUACAUUGAGGAGCUGCAGAAGUUUGUUGAGGACGACAAUUUCAAGCUGUCUCUGAAGAUUGAGCCAGGCAACAGUUCUCCUCGAAUCGCUUCUUCUAAAGAGGACCUAGCAGGUCUGUCCGAGGUCUCUGCCUCCGUGAGGUACAGCCGACGGCCCACCUGCCCCGACGCCUCGGUGGGGGUCCACGACGUCCACACGCCGCCUCCCUCCCACCACAGGAAGAGCCAUAGCCUGGGGAAUAACAUGAUGUGUCAGUACGGCAUGUCGGAGAGCAAGAGCGCCACCUUCUCCACGGGGAAGGCCAGACACCUGCUGGACGACAGCUUCCUGGAGUCCCAGAGUCCGGUCCGGACCGACCCGCACAGCACGUCCGUGUCCAACGGCCUGUCUUUAGGGAGCAGUGAGAGCUCCCUUGGAGAAGAGCAAUCACCCGGGAUGGAAAGGGGCCGUAUGUAUGCCACCUUAGGCCCCAACUGGAGGGUUCCGCACCGCAACUCUCCCCGGAGCUGCAGCUAUGUUUACAGCCCUUCGGGGGCCAGCUCCUGUCAUGGCUGUGCCCAGGUGGGGAGCGUCACCAUAGAGGGCCCCCUUCGAAGGAGGACUCUGCUGAAAGAGGGACGCAAGCCCAGGUUGUCAUCGUGGACAAGAUUUUGGAUUGCUCUUUCUGGUUCCACACUCACGUUUUAUGGGGCCAAAUCUUUGAGGGCCUCUGAAAGGAAGCAUUACAAGUCCAGACCCUGUAAAAAGGUGUGUGUCACGGGAUGGAUCGCCGUUCUGCCCGACGACCCAACCAGACCCAACAUUUUCCAGCUCAACGAUCCGGACAAAGGCAAUGUUUACAAGUUCCAGACAGGAUCCAGGUUUUUGGCGAUAAUCUGGCACAAGAACUUGGAAGAGGCGAGUAAGAGCAACCGACCUCAGAUACCCACCAACCUCAUGUCAUUUGAAUAGGAGGUGAACCUGCCCAGUGGGAGUUGCUGUGCCAAACUAAUUUAGAACGGAAAAAGACGUAGUACUUCCUGGAAUAGGAGGGUGUGUACACCAAUCUGAUAUUGGAUAGUGACAUGUAACAUAUAGAAGCUGUUGUUAGUGACACACACACACACACACACACACACACACACACACACACACACACACACACACACACACACACACACACACAGCUUUUUAGUAUCUUUGUAAAGACUUAAGUGUAAAAAAAUGAAGGCAAGAAAAUGGCAACCAAGUCAUCAAAACACGGUAGCAAAGUUGCCAUGUUCCUUUCCCUUUUUUUGUUUCUUAGCGUUUGUGUCGCUGCUAUAAAACCUGUGAGCAAGCAACCUCCUGGCCCACAUUGGGUUGUAAAUCGGGUAGAAGCUGCUUAAAUGCACAUAUGUGUACGACAGUGCGAGUUGACAAUGGUUGAUAUUCAGAUUGCAACUUGGCACUGGUCUCCCUAUAGAGUGAGACUCAUUGAAGGAUCUACACAGGAUCUUGAACCCUGUGCCUCUAAAUAUGGAAGAUUAAAGACUGAAAAUACACAGUAAAAAAAAGGCAUCGGUGUCUAAGUUAUGAAGAUAUUUAUCAAUAUAAAAAAAGAAUUCAUCUGCUUUAGACGCUGGCGUGCCCUGCAGGGCGGUCUUGAAACUAACAUUGUUUGCGUAUAUACAAAAUACUAAUUGUCCAUUUUUAUAACCAGCUACAAUUACUUUUUUAAUGGGAAGCAACAAUUUAUCAAACACUGGUGAGUUGUAUCUGGUCUAAUUUGCACAGACAUUCAAAAUAUUCCUAUUUCAAUUGAUAUCCUGUCAAACAAUGUGACAUUAAUAUAUGACGUGAUUUGUUCACCGACGUUGGCAUCACAAAUACCGAAUUUUUAAUUGGAUGUUUUCCUUUCUCGUCUUGGACGGAGCUGAUCAGGAAGUAGAGAUAGCCCAUUCAGGAGAGAUGAGUUUUUCUUAAUUUUUCAGUAUACUACCAUCUAAAUAACCAAUGGGCAUACAGUGAUCUUGCUUAAAAUUCUGGAAUAAUAACUAACUUGCUUCAGGGAGGAAAAAGGUUGUAGCAUUACGUUUUUAGGUGUAAAAUAUUUUCCUCUGAAAAAAUUAAAUAAACAAAAUGAUCUACUGAAAGCCAUAUUACAUGUUCCAUGUUCCAUCUUGUGAAACACAGAAAAUUGGCAAGUUAUUUAUGUUAAUGAGUUAUGACAAAAUAUUUUGGGAAAGACAGUGAUGUUUCUGUUAAAAGUAUAUUUUUUCAAAAAUGUAGAUUGUUCUGUGUACUUAAAUAUAUAUAUAUAUAUAUAUAAUCUAAUGAUUGCUUUGAAGUAUUAUGUUAUUGUUCUAAAUGAGGGAGAGCAAUUAGAAAAAAGGGAAAAUGGGUGUUUCACUACAUCCCAGACUGCGCUUGGAAUCAAAUUUGCACCCUUGGUUUCGACGACAGUUGCAUACCCUCAAGCAAGAACAUCAAUCAUUUACGUUGUACAAAUCCAAAAAGAUGUGAACAAUUUAACUACUGAUUCAUGGACACAAAUGUAGAGAAAAUAUUGGAUCUUGUUCACUAUAUUUUUGUAUUCACACUUGUGUGUGAAUCACACUUGUGUUGAUUUAAGUGUAGUUAUUUUUCAAUUAUCAUUGGAGCUUUAAAUAAAUUCGUAUUUUGAUGCAGUUCAAGUAGGCUCUAGCCAAGAGUUAUCUCUCCUAAGGGCGCAGUGCAAUCGAUGCCUUGCCAAAAGCCCCCUUUUUAAAAAGGUACUUUAAGAAUAAGACUGGUGUGUUGCUGCAUGUGCCAGGAUUAUUAAAUCCAACCAUUUUUUUAUUUUAAUCCAACCUCAAUUUAUUAGAAUAAGCCAGACAAUCUAUUUGACAGGCUUCCACUUAAUAUAUCUCAUGGUACUUUUUGUCAGACUGUACAAAAGUUUUAUCAGUGUAUUUUGGAUCAAUUUGGUACUUAUGAAGUAUUGGAAAUGUUGCAGUAAUUCGCUAGAGAACAAAAUGUGUUUCUUUUACUUGCUUUUCAUUUUAUACUCGUGACAUACGCUGUUGUACAUAUGAACUGAAGAGAGAGAAUCAGAUGUACCGUGGAACAUUGCAUGUAUUUUGAAGUUUCUGGUGUCUGUAGUAACUGUGAAGAGGAAAACCACUUGGUUGUGUAACUACUUAUUUUGCUAAGUUGUUUCUUACCAUGGCAUUACUAUACGUUACUGUAUUUUUCAGCUCCCAACAGAUACUGAAAUGUAAAUAAAACGUAUGUAUAGUAAUUAA